UAUAUAUGUUGAACGCCUCUUCUGAUAAUCAGGAAAUGGAGAAGUCAUCGGGAUAUGAUUACGAAGUAUUUUUGAGUUUCAGAGGACCGGAUACCCGCAGGGACAUUACUGAUUACCUUUACACUAGCAUGAUUGACGCUGGAAUUAGGGCAUAUAAGGACGAUGAAGAGCUCCGGACUGGGGAAGAGAUCAACGGCCAGCUUCUCCAAGCAAUUGAGCAGUCAAAGAUAUCAAUACCGAUCUUUUCUAAAGGAUAUGCGGACAGUACAUGGUGCCUUAGGGAGUUGGUCAAGAUGGUGGAGAGCAAGAGCACAAGGAGACAAAAGAUCAUGCCCAUUUUCUACGAUGUAGCACCGUCGGAGGUAAAAUACCAGACUGGGCACUACGGCAAUGCCAUUGUUUCUCAUGCAAACAAGAAGUGGUUUGGUGAUGAGACUAUUUACAAGUGGAAGGCUGCUCUUAGUGAGGUCGGAGCACUAAAGGCAUGGGACCUCCAAAGCAUGCCAUACAGAGGAAAAGGUGAAUUUGUUAAGGAAGUUGUUGAUAACGUUUUGAUUGAGUUGAAAGCCGCCUACUUGGAAGUAUCCGAUUGCUUAGUUGAAGUAGAUGAUCAUGUGGAUUUAAUCAUGAGGAUGAUAGGUGCACACGACCCUAAAACAAAGAUUAUCGGAAUCCAUGGUAUCGGUGGUAUGGGAAAGACGACUCUUGCCAAAAUAGUGUACAAUCAACUUUCUAACGAUUUUUCGGAUUGUUGCUUCCUUUCAAACAUCCGAGAAACAGAGAUUACGUGCUUGCAGAGUCAGCUCAUAUCAACAAUCCUUAAAAAACAAUGGCAUGAUAUCAACAAUAUCAUGGACGGGAAAAAGGUGAUAGAGAAAAGGUUUUGCUCUAAAAGAGUGUUGCUUCUACUUGAUGAUGUUGACAAAGCAAGUCAACUUGAUGCACUGGUGCAAAAGCGUGAGUGGUUUGGUAAGGGAAGCAAGAUCAUCAUUACCACUAGAGAUCGGGGAAUUCUCAAUGUUGAUGAGACUUACGAAGUAACAAGCAUGGAUUUUGAUCAUUCUCUUCAACUUUUUAGUAAACACGCUUUUAGAAGAGAUUAUCCUGUAGAGCAAUACAUCUUUCACUCUAGAAGAGCAGUAAAUAUUUGUGGUGGUCUUCCUUUAGCACUUGAGGUUAUAGGUUCUCUUUUAUCUGGACAAAGUGUGGAGGAGUGGGAUGCCAUAUUAAAGGAGCUAGAAGAAUCUCCUCAAGAGGAUGUUGGAAAGAAGUUGAUGAUUAGCAUUGAGGCAUUAAAUGAAGACCAAAGAAAAAUAUUUCUGGAUGUUGCUUGUUCUUUCAUUGGGUUUGAUAAAAGAGUUGUGAUUCACAUGUGGGAAAGCUGCAAAUUUCUUCCUGUACAAUCCCUUCGAAUCCUCCAGCAAAGAUCUUUGAUAAAGAUUAGAGAAGAUAAUAGAUUGUGGAUGCAUGAUUGGUUAAGAGAUAUUGGAAGAAAUUUUAUCCUACAAAAAAGUGAUAAGAAGCCAGAGAAGCAACAAUGGGUGUGGACUCAUGCGCAAGCAUGGGAGGUUUUGGAGAAAAUGCAGAUCGGAGGUGAUGUUCAUGGAAUUGGGAGUAUUGGAGUGAUAUGUCUCCAGCUUGAUAAACUAUCUCAAUACUCCUUGAUAAAAGAAUGCCUACCAAGUCUUUUAAAUCUAAGGUUCCUUCAAGUGGAUAGCAAAGACUUCAACGGAAACACAGACUCUAUCCUUACUCAAGUGGGUUGUUUUCUAUAUUACCAUUGGACAAAUUUUCUUCAAACCAAAUCUGGCCUAUUUAUCCUUCCAGAGUUGAGAUGGCUUUCAUGGAAUUACUUCCCUACCGUUUUUAAAUUGACUCAUUUUUCCCUAAGGAAGCUAGCAAUCCUUGAUUUCUCAAGGAGUAAAAUCACGGAAAAAUGGGACGGAUGGAGCCACAUCAAGUUAGCAAAGGAUUUGAAGGUCCUAAAUUUGACUGAUUGCAGAAAAUUGCGUAAAACUCCAGACUUGUCUUCUCUUGUGAAUUUAGAGCGACUUAUUCUCGAAAGAUGUUAUCAUUUGGUUCAAAUUGAUCCGUCCAUCAGUUUCCUUGAUAAGUUAGUCUUUUUAAACUUAACGGGCUGUUAUAGACUCCAAAAGCUCCCAGACGAGAUGGGGGCACUGGAAUCUUUAAGGGAACUUCUUCUUGACUCAACACAAAUAGAAGAGAUCGCUGAAUGGAGAAGGAUGAACAAACUUGAAAUCCUCAGCUUGGUCGGAUGUAAAUUACUAAAUAAAUUCAAUUUCGUUGGUUGCGCAAUGUCAACAGUGAAGCCUUCAUUAGUGGAUAACCAUUUGACUCCACAGAUUAAGUCAAUUGAAAAUUUCAAUUCUUUAAUUGAGUUGGAUCUAUCUUAUUCGGGAAUUCAGGAAUUACCUGAUUCAAUUGGGAAUAUGAAGAAUUUGAAAGUAUUAAAGAUGUGCAACAGCUACGUAAGAAAACUGCCUAGCACCAUUGGAAUGUUGGAGAAGCUCGAACAGUUAGAGGCAGGGGGAAAUUCUUUGGGAGGGGAAAUUCCUGAUAAUAUUGGGAAGCUACCAGUUUUGAGAAUCUUGGUAUUGGCUGCCACUACCAUUUCGGAGAUGCCUCAGCUUCCGGAAAGUCUAAUCACUCUAUGUUUUACUUCAUUUUCAAUGGAGAUGUUACCCAACCUCUCGAACCUAUUAAAUUUGAGAACAUUAUUACGCAUGCUUGAGGUCUUGAAGUUGUUUUGUCCUGGUAUCACCACCUUAUCGUCCGAUAUCGUUUUCCUUUCUCAGCUGAAGCGACUCGAGCUCGUUUGCUGUAAUUUGCAAUGCCUACCUAGGCUUCCAACAAAACUGUCAUCCUUACUGAUUAACUAUAGUUUGAGUUUGAAAACAAUGAAUGAUCUUUCGAAUCUGAAAGUGUUAUCGGAUUUGGAGAUUCGGGGUUGUGACAAGCUAACAGAGAUUCAUGGCCUCGAAGGUUUGGAAAAUUUGAGAUCAUUAGAGCUCGAGUUUCUUCGUUCAUUGUUGGAGUUGCCUGAUUUGACUAACUUGAAGAAGCUCAAGAAAAUUCAUCUAAAGCGCUGUCCUAAGCUGUUUGAGAUUCGAGGUAGUCCAGAAUCGUUGGAGAUACUUGAUAUUGAGGACUGUUUAAAUCUGCAAAAGUUACCUGAUCCAUCAAGCUUCAAGAAUCUAAAAGUUCAUAUUAGAUGA